AUGCUUUGCGACGGACCAUUGUCAGGAGAGAGCCUACUGAAUCCAGCUCAGACAGAAUUCCACUCACUGGGGACGGUUGAUGUCUUGUCAGAAUACACCCUGAUGUUACCGGAAGAAACCUUGGAGGACCACAGCAAUACCAGCAAAUGUGAGUUUGAUAAACGUGUUGUAAUUUACAUAAUCAUAAAAAGUGCAUAGGUUUAUAAUGUAUCAUGUACACAUAAUUAUGUUUUAUCAUAAUCAUUGUCUUACGGUUGAGGUUAAAGUUUUGGUUGCUAUAAUUGGUUUUGAAUACAUCAGAUUCAGUAUUUACCUCAUUCUUUAUUAAUACAAAUAAUGUUGCUAGAUAAAACCUGCAACCUAAACACACCAGUGAGAUAAGAACGUUUUUGCUGAGAAAUAUAAAGAUUAAACGUUUAAUGUUCCCACAUUGACUUCUUUUUGAUUACUGUAAUAUUUUUUUUUUUAAACAUAUAAGUCUCUUAUCAUGAACAAGCUGUAAGAAAGACUAAAACUUCACAAUGUUCAUGUUGAUGUCAUGCAAAGGUAAUUUUCAGCACAGUAUUACCUGUAAUUCCAGUGGGGCCAGGGUGCAAUGAGAAGUCAUGUCCACAGGGGGCAGUAUGGCCCUGUGCUGGCUGUGGAGAGUCCAUCAGAGACCCUGUGGUGCUACAGGUAGGGUCAGACCAGCAGUGGCAUUCAGGGUGCCUGUACUGUGAUGAGUGCCACUGUCCCCUGGGAGAGAGUGUCAGCUGCUUCCUGAGGGAUGGGAGGACCUUGUGUAGGACAGAUUAUGCGCGGUGAGUCAGCAGCUUUGGUGGGACAGUGGAGAAGUUGUAGCGAUAAAGAUGAACAUGUAAAGUCAACUUUGUGUGUAUAUUAUGUAUGCAUUUUUUAACUCUUUGAACAUGUUUGUUGAUGCUGUGUGUGUGUGUGUUUGUGUGUGUGUGUGUGUGUGUGUAUGUGAACAGCUUCCAACCUUUCGUUUUGUAGUUUUUAACCAUGAAUGUCUUUGUCAUUGUUUUGUGUAUUAGACUAUUUGCAGAGAAGUGUGGAGGCUGCGGGGAGGCAGUACUGUCCUCUGACCUGGUUGUGAGGGCAGGAAGACAGAACUAUCACCCUGACUGUCUGCAAUGCUCGCUCUGUGGUGCAUUACUCAUGCCUGGGGAUAGCUUCACCCUGGGGCCAGGAGGACCAUGCUGCCAGGCAGAGCACACGAUGCCAGAGCAACAGAUCCAAAAAGCAGACACACUAAAAAGAAGAAAAGGUCUGUGUAGUAGUCGCAUGUGAAGUUUAUAUGCAUAAUAAAAUAUGGAUAAUUUCUUCCUUUAGAGUUAAUGAUAAUUAUGAAACUGUCUCAAAGGUCUGUCUCAUCUUUCCCUGCAAUCGGUAAGUUUAAUGUUCCUUAAGUUAAGUUGAAUCAUUCUCACCUAUGUCAGGGUCAGGGAGAAGAGGAGGAGUUUGUGAGAGGAUGUGGUUGGACAGGGGUAGGAGUAGAGGGGUGCGGGUGCGUACCGUCCUCAGUGACACCCAGCUGAAAGCCUUGUGCUCCUGCUACUCCCAGACCCCCCGGCCCGACGCGGCAGUCAAGCUCCGGCUGAGUCAGCUGACUGGCCUCAACAAGCGGGUCAUCAGGGUGUGGUUCCAGAACAAACGCUGCAAGGACAAGAAGAGCCACGCCAAGAAAAGAGGCAGACCAGUGUCAGACUUGGACUUCACAGUGAGUAGUGUGUGUGUGUAUGUGUGUGUGUGUGUGUGUGUGUGUGUGUGUAUGUGUACACUGUUGAUCGUCACUUACUAUGUUCCAGGCCCUGCUGUGUGCUGCAGCCAGACCGAUGGUGGUCCUCUCUCCUGAGCCCCCUGACUUUGCCCUCCAGAUUUACGUCUAUGAGUCAUCAUGGCAACCACUUGACGGCCAAAUCAAGCUCUCAGCUGACCAUGACGACCUGACCCUCACUCAUAUUUCUCAGGUAAAUCAGAGUGCAUAUCAGGUAGUGUAAUGUCCCUUUGUGUGACAUAUCAGACCCUGAUUAUGACUGCACUUAUCACUCUACCAACAAGCUAACCUUAGACCUACACCUUAUACUGUAGAUUGAGACUAUAACUGAUUGGUAUUAGCUACUCCUUUAUCCAGUUUCAUCAGUCAGCCCUAACUGUGGUGGCUAACACUCAUAAUUUCUCUUUCCCUUCCCCUCAGAGCACGUGUUUUUCAGAAGACCUGGGUUCUCCACAGCAGCAGAGUGAUGAGCACUCCGUCACCAUUCUGACUAUCUAG